CUCUUAACGGAUCGGUGUUCUUGUGCUCCCAGAGCCCAGCAUGAAGGAGGUGAAGAGCGAGCGGGAGCGCAAGAGCCGCCGGCGGCGCCGGGAGGCGGACGAGGCGCCGGCCAUGGCCACGGUGGUGGUGAAGCAGGAGCGGCUCAGCCCCGAGGCCGAGCCGCCGCCCGCCCCGCACCGGCCGGACCCGGCUGCUGCCCCGUCCCCGCCGGCCGGGCGCCGCGGAAGCAGAGCCCGGGGAGGCAGCCGGUCCCCGGCCAAGAAGAAAAACAAGUCUUCUGCCCGAAGAAGCAAAUCUCCCCGAAGCAAGAGGAGUCGGAGUCCUCACCACUCAGCGGUCAAGGUGAAGCAGGAACGUGAGGAGCACCCUCGGAGAGGACGGAACGAACGGCAGCAUCGUGCGCCCUCAGAGCAGGAGCACCGGAGAGCUCGGGACAGCGACCGGGACAGGCACCGGGGCCAUUCCCGUCAGCGGAGGAGCUCUCCCGAGCGGCCUGCGAGCGCACAGGCUCAAGGACGGGACCGAGACCUUCAGAGCCUGCAGGCUCAGGACGACGAGCGGGAGUUUUACAAUGCCCGACGCCGUGAGCAUCGCCAGCAGCACCAAGUCAGUGGCGGCGGUCAUGAGUCGCAGGAGGUGGUGCCUCGACCUGCUGGCAAGAAAGAAAAAGUGGCACCUGUGAAGGAGAAGCCAAGCUUUGAACUCUCCGGAGCCCUUCUCGAGGACACCAACACCUUCCGGGGGGUGGUUAUUAAGUACAGUGAGCCGCCGGAAGCACGGAUCCCCAAAAAGCGGUGGCGCCUCUACCCCUUUAAAAACGACGAAGUCCUUCCGGUCAUGUACAUUCACCGACAGAGCGCCUACCUCCUGGGGCGGCACCGCCGCAUCGCAGACAUCCCCAUCGACCACCCUUCGUGUUCCAAGCAGCAUGCCGUCUUUCAGUACCGGCUUGUGGAGUACACCCGCGCAGAUGGCACCGUCGGCCGCAGGGUGAGGCCCUACAUCAUUGACCUUGGCUCAGGCAAUGGAACCUUCUUGAACAACAAGCGCAUUGAGCCACAGAGAUAUUAUGAACUGAAGGAAAAGGAUGUACUGAAGUUUGGGUUCAGUAGCAGAGAGUACGUUUUGCUCCACGAGUCAUCGGAUACCUCGGAACUAGACCGGAAGGAAGACGAGGAUGACGAAGAGGAGGAAGGCGGGGUUUCAGACAGCUAGCAAACUGAGAAGCAGUCCACGCUGACGAGGCUCCUUCUCCUCGGAGGGCGUCAGGAUGGACUCCAGGAGCGCCGCGGUGCUCUCCUCAAUGCCUCUUGUUGCCUUAAGUCUUUCUUCCUGGCCAGCUUGUUGCAGUUAAAGGACACGGACUUGGGUUCGGCUAAACUCCUCUCUGUGGCGCCCCAGCCACAUGCCUGUGGGCAUUUGUUUCCAGAACAGUCUUCACCAAUUAAAACCCACCGUGUUCUGG